AUGCUUCCGUGGCCCUGCAACGCAGCAAGUGGGAUGCAACUCCGUGCAAAACUGUCGCUUUAUGCAGGAGCCCUUGCAGCCCACCUGGAACACCAGCAGCGUAAUGCUCUUGCAGCAGCUGCUGCAAACAAAGCGGCAGGGAGAAGCAUCCUCAGAGGCUGCUCAAAGGACUACCGAACGGCAGCGAACGGGGAGGGAGGUACAGCAACUACAGCGGGGAGUAUUACUUGCAGCAGCAGCAGCGGCUUGGGCAGCAAUCACCAGGCCAUCCGUGAUCUGCACCAAGAGCCCAUAUCAGCGUUAGCAGUAAAAGCCAGUACAGAAGCGAAUGCUGCACGGCAUGAGGCCUGUGGUGGUGCUGAUUUGGCCGUUGAGGGGUCAAAACAACAGCGUUUGCUUCGUACCAAACGCGCGUCAACUGAGCAACAGGGGCAGCAGCGCCAGCUGCAAGGGGCCCCAAAUAGCCUAAUGGGCCAGAACCAGCAGCAAGUGCCGUUGCAACGGUUGCAGCGGCAGAAGGAGCACACUCAUCCAGGACUCCUUGAGGGAUACCCAGCUUUUCAGUGUCCUGGGGGUCGUCGACUAAAAGUCAUGUAUUGCAGAAGCAUCCAAAAGAGCAACAGCAAGGGCAGCGCCAAUUGCAGCACUGGUAAAUGCAGGAGCAGCAACACAAAAGCGAGCAUGAUUGGAAUUGGGAGAACCAGCAGGUGCUGGUUGCUGCCCAUGUUGCAACCUGAGGGUGGCAAUGCAACAGCAACGACAACAGCGAGCAUGACAGCAGUUACCGAAGCAGCAACACAGCAAAGAGCGGCAUCGGCAGCGAACCCAACCGCAGCAUAUGUAGCGCACCAGUCUGCUUUGGGGAGGAUGUGCAUUUUCCCAGCUAAGGAAAGAUGCAACAACCACGAGGGUGCUUACAACAGCUGCCGCGCACCAGGAUGUCUCGCUGAUGCUUCUGUUCUUGCUGCAUCUGCUUCUGCUGGCCGCACCUAUAACACAUGCUAUGACUCAACUACCUACCACAGCAGCAGCAGCAGUAGCAGCAGCAGCGUUGUUGGCUUCAUUGCCAACAGAGGAUUGAGCAAGCCAAGCAACCAAACGGGCCGUGGAGAAGCUUGCGCCCGUGUAAAGGCCCCCAAAACAUCUCUACAACAGCAGCAACACCGGCAGCAGCAACCCUCUGGCCAUCCCAAGGUUCGCCUAAGUGCAUGUGCUUGGAUUGGCAGGAUCGGCAGCAACAGCAGCGGGAAAGGUGGCCCAUGGCGAGCUAAUCAACUGAGGAAUUGCUUUAGCGGCAGCAGCUGUUGUUGCAACAGAGCGCUUGUGGAGGAGCAAAUUAAAAGCUGCAAAAACAGCAGCAGCAGGCGAUUGAUGCCUGUCACAGGCGUCAUAAGCAGCACGAAUAUGAGACACAUCAACAGCAUCUUAUUAAGACCUCACAACGGCAGAAACGUGUCAAAGAAGCAGGGUGAUGUGGGAAAGGCGUUGGGCAAGCUGCUGCAGGCGCUCGUUAUCGCUGCAGCUCGAGUUGCCGUUGGCCCUGUCUCACCAAGCAAUAGCACGGUUGCAUUGCCACUGGGCCUCAUGCCCUUGGGGGCCGUCGACAGCCGCUCCUUUUUGUUUGUAGCAACUCCCUUGCCUCCUAUCUUCGCGUUUUGCUUCCUUCCUCCGCUGGGCCGCUGCCUGCUAAUGAGUCCUGGUGGAGCGCCGCAUACCUUUCCUGCUCCCGCUGUACAGCAAAUCGAUUCUUUUGUGUGGGAGAUAGGUCCUACGCUGAGGAGCAGCAGCAGUCAAAAUAGCAGCAGUGUUAUGGCAGGCACUGGCGAGUUCUUGAAUGGGGGGCCCACUUCAGGGGCACCCCAGUCCGUGGUGCCGGUGAAUGGGGCCCUUCAGGAAGGGCCCCCCUCCCCGGAUUCGAGGCGUGAUGAGUUUUAUCUGACAGAUCGUCUGCCGCAUGCAAUGGUCUUAGAUGCGUUGCCUUACGUCGACCCGCUGCCCGCUGAGCAGCAGCAGCAAGUGCAGCAGCUGCUUCAGCAGGAAAUGGCAGCAAUAGCACGGGAGGCCGGUGGCCCUGAUAGUCUGCCAGACUACCUCAGCGACCUCCCGAUACCUAAAACGCCCGUCCUAGAUGAUGCGGAGACCAUGUUAGGCAAGGAGAUCGCCCGGAAGGCAAAGGGUUAG